GCGAGGGCGGGCGCUAGGAGUCCGGAGAACCCAGUAAUCCGAGAAUGCAGCAUCAGCCCUUCCCACCAGCACUUCCUUCCUUUUCCCGAACGUCCAGGAGGGAGGGCUGCGCUCUUAUAAACUCGCUCUGGCUCUCCGGCAAAUCAAAGGCUGCUUCGCCGAGGCUGCCCCACGCAGCCCGACACUUCUGCUCCGGUACAGCCGCGAACAGCUGUCGCCGCCAGCGCCCCGCGCCUCUCAGAACCGGCCGGGCUCGGACCGGCGGUGGCGCUUGCGCGGUCCCCAGCGCCUGCACGCGGUGUGCGGGACAGCAUGCUGCGGGUCCUGCUCCUCGGCGUGCUGGGCUCUGCAGCCCUGGGUCUCCCCCAGCCCCAGCCCCAGCCCCACGGGAGCCAGUGCAUCGGACAAGACUGUUUUGCGCUCUUCCGGGGCCCUGCGACCUUCCUCGCCGCCAGCCAGGUCUGCGAGCGCCUGCGGGGCCACCUGAUGACCGUGCGCUCCUCGGUGGCCGCUGAUGUCAUCUCCCUUCUACUGAGCGGCGGCGGCGGGGGCGAGAGCCCGCGCCUCUGGAUUGGCCUGAAGCUCCCGCCAGGCUGCAGCGACCCGGGUCACCUAGGUCCCUUGCGGGGCUUCCAGUGGGUUACGGGCGACAACAGCACCAGCUACAGCAGGUGGGCGCGGCCCCACGAGGCCCCCGCGCGCCUCUGCGGUCCGCUGUGCGUGGCCGUCUCGGAGGCUGGCGUCCCCGCACCAGGUGAGCCGUCCUGGGAGGAGCAGCAGUGCACCACGGAGGCCGAUGGCUUCCUCUGUGAGUUCCACUUCGCAGCCUCCUGCAGGCCUCUCGCUGUGGGGGCCGGUGCCCUGGCGGCCGCCAGCAUCUCAGUCAACUACAGCACCCCGUUCGGGGCCCGAGGUGCGGACUUCCAGGCGCUGCCCUUGGGCAGCUCCGCCGAGGUGGCGCCCUUCGGAGUGGAGCUGGUGUGCGAGAUGAGGCCAGGCGAGGUCGACGGCCGCUGGGGCCGGGCCGAGCCGGGCGCCUGGGACUGCGGCGUGGAGAACGGCGGCUGCGAGCACGUGUGCAACCGGAGCGCCGGGGAGUCCCGCUGCCUCUGCCCCGCUGACACCGCUCCGGAGGCCGACGGGCGCUCCUGCGCCGGCCCUGAGGAGCACUUGUGCGACAAACUCUGCCAUCACUUAUGCCACCGCAACCCCGACGUGCCCGGCGGCUACUCGUGCAUGUGCGAUGUGGGUUACAAGCUGGCUGCGGACCAGCUCGGGUGCGAGGACGUGGACGACUGCAUGCUGGUGCCUAGCCCAUGCCCUCAGCUCUGUGUCAACACGCCGGGCAGCUUCGAGUGCCUCUGUCAUCCUGGCUACGACCUGGUGAACGGUGAGUGCGUCGAGGCUGCGGACCUGUGCCUGGGAAAUAACUGUGAAUACCAGUGCCAGCCCUUGAAGGAAACGGAGUCCCCGCCGUACCGCUGCAUCUGUGCGGAGGGCUUCGCGCCCAUCCCCCACGCCCCGCACAAGUGCCAGAUGUUCUGCAACCAGACCGAAUGCCCAGCCGACUGCGAUCCCAACUACCCGGACAGCUGCCAGUGCCCCGAGGGCUACAUUCUGGACGAGGGCUCCGUGUGCGCCGACAUCGACGAGUGCGCCGACGGCAACUGCAUCAAUGCACUGUCCUGCAAAAACCUCCCUGGCACCUAUGAGUGCAUCUGCGGGGCCGGCAUAGUCAAGACUGGCAGCGACUGUGACCUCACCUCCGUGAAGAAAGUCGAAGGCGAAGAGGGGGGCUCUGGGGAGCCUCCGGUCAGCCCGACACCUGGCGGCACCUCGAGCCCCAGGCCUGCAGGGUCUGUGCAUUCUGGCGUCCUCAUUGGCAUCUCCAUCUCCAGCUUGUGUCUGGUGGUGGCGCUUUUGGCGCUCCUCUGCCACCUGCGCAAGAAGCAAGGCGCCAUGCAGGCUGAGCUGGAGUACAAGUGCGGGGUCCCCUCCAAGGAGGUGGUGCUGCAGCACGUGCGAACAGAGCAGAUGCCUCAGAAACUCUGAGGGGGUCCCCCUCCCUGGCCCCAGGCGUUGGCUUGGCCUUUUCUUCCUCCUGUGCCUCAUCCCCUGGCCUCCUCCCCCAGCCUUACUCCCGAAGCACCUUAGCUGGCAGCAGAACUGGAGGAGACCCCCAUCCCUUCUUUUGCCGACUCCAGGAAUGGCUGGGGAGGAGGGACUGGAAGGAGGAUGCACCCUGUUUGCUUCCAUCAUGUCACCAGACUACUGGGCAGAGAUGGCAAUUGUAAAAUGAAUAUGAAGAUUGCAAAGUGCCCCAUGCCCUCUGUAGGGCAGGCGGGGUGAGCACUAUUGGGCAGACUGUGAUCCGAUGGACUAGAACUGGGCCAACCCAUCUGAGUCACCUUACCUGCAUCUGACUGACCCUACUUCUACUUUUAGCUGUCUGCCUAGGCAGAGCUCUUACGUGAAACAGAGCAAAAGCACUAAAAAUAAGAAUGGCUGGGCAUUUGUUCUUUCCCCAGAUUUGCUAAUUUAUCCUGAAGUUUCAUGCUUCCAGAACCAAUAUCACUUUAACAAAGGUUAAGAUGUGAGAGGCAUUUGUUAAAUUAAUGUUGCUGGACUUUCUUAGAAAUUCAACCCAAGGAGUUUUUUUUGUUGUUGUUUUUGUGUUUUUUUAAACAGUGAGCCUGGGUUUUAUUAUUGGUGUUGUUUUGGUUUGGACUGAAAGGUAGUCAUUGUUGUUAAGCUUUUAUGCAGUUUCCUUUUACAUUAUUAUUAUUGUUGUUGUUGUUAUUUUUAACAGUGUUGGAAUGUUCACAUGAUUGCUCUAGAUUGAAAGAAAAAGGAAUCAUCUCCCAGGAGAUAGUUUAAGAAAGUUAUGAGUUGCCUGAUUCAUGCCAAUUACCAUUUUGACUCACUGUUUUUGUCAUUUGUAGGCUAAAAUAAAACCAGCUUUACUGUUUUGGGGGCAUUUGGGAGUUUGGGGAUGGAACCUGGUAGAUGCCCAGGCCAGGCCCUCACCUUGAUCAGGCCCUUGAGAAUGUCUCCCACUUCAGAGGGGCCUUCUCACCUCAUUCACUUGGAACUUGCUCCCCACAAGAAAUGGGGGCUGUUUUCACCCCCUCCCCCCCCACAGCAGGUGGUUAGAAAUGCAGAAACUUGGGCUUCACCCCACUGACUCCAUGAGAAUCUGUAUUUUAGCAAGAUCUGCAGGGGGUUACCUAUGGUUUAAGAAGAAAGGUUUCAGACAGCUUCCAACUUCUGGAAUUGAGCAGAUGGGGAUCAGUAAUAAGUAGCAGGCCAAGUCAGGGCCUUUAUUAUCAAGAAACUGAGGAAUCUUAAUUUCCGGUAGAAAAACUAGGUACACCCCUUUAGACAUCACUAAACAGGGUUUUUGGUUCAAUUAAGCUAGGAAUGAAAUUAUGAAUGGGAAAAAAAUGUGUAUCUUUUGUGACAAAGAUUUUUUCUACUAUUUUGUAAACUCAGCAUAUUUGUACAUAUUUAUUUAUUGGAGAUAAACUAGAACACGGGCAAAACCCUUGCUUAUGACAUCACCUAUAGAAAAUAAACAAAUAACAGUGUG